GAAAAAGAAGGACUAUAUCGUACUGCCCCUUUGCCGCGUUCCUUACUCUCCGGGCCACUUAACUAACACUGCCCUAAACUAACUACCUACCUACCUAAAAAUAAAAGGAGGAGCUGAAAAUGUCUAAAGGAAAAGCAUUAGCUAGGCAAGAUGGGGCGGGGGGAAAGCCGGCGGCACCGGGCCGGCCCUCGUCCCUCCUCCCGGCCGUGGGGCCCUGUGGGGCGGCCAUGUCGGCGGGCAUCGGCCUCCGGCUCCGGCUCCUGCUCCUCGCCUGCCUGGCGCCCCGGCCGGCCCUCGGCCAGGGCUGCUCGGCGGAAAAAGAGGAGAACGCCAUCGUCGACAUCAGCUUCGCCCUCCCCGCAGGCAUCAGGGGAGCAGAGCCGGUGUAUGCCUCGGCUCCGGAGGCGUGUAUGAGGGCUUGCUGCCUGGGAAAAGGGCUGCCAGGAGAUAAGAAGUGCAACUUCAUGAUUUUUGAUGCUCGAGGGACAAGGACACAUCCAAACUGCUACCUGUUUUACUGCCCAAGCACAGAGGCCUGUCCAAUGAAGCCUGCAGCAGGAUUUGUUAGCUACAAGAUAGCUCGAGACACCUAUGCCCUGGAGGACACUUCCCUAAAAAAUGAGGACUUUCAUUUGAAUGAACACUCUUUGCCUUUGGAUGCUGGUGCCUAUAUUUCUCACAGUCUGACUAGCCAUCAGAAUCACACCACUGCUUUGCAGCAAUCUGUCUUCCAUCAAGCAUCUGAACUCCCAGACCACGUGGACAAACAUUUAGACAAUAUUGAAUUUCAUACAGUUUUUCCUGAAUCACAAACGGCCAACAAUCUUGAGAGCUUAGACCCCAUCCCAAGGCAGAAAGAAAUUAAUCUGCCACCAAAUACGUCUUCUAAUGUUCAAAGUGGAAACCCCUCUGCUUUGUUCCCCAGCACUCAGUCUGGCGUUCCUGGACCCAGCAGUACUACCAUUUCUCCUCUGCCUAGAAGUGUCACCAGACUGGAAUCUCAUACAACUUCUCCACCUACUGGCGGUGCUAAACCUAGUGCUGUCACCACAAGGGCUACCUUUAUGCACACUGCAACUGCUAGAGCUGAACAUUGUAUCACUGCUGCCAGCACUGCUGUUACUCAUGUUCCUCUUUCCAAUCCCACAAUUUCUGCUUCUACUUCCACAACCAAGCGGGUGACCUCAAAUUCCAGAAUAGCUACUGCCACAUCAGGGCUCAGAACUUCAGCCAUCCCUCCUGAGCCAACACUUGCCUCUUCCAAUGAUACCAGCCAUGUUACCCUCCUCUCUUUUUCAGAUUUUGCCCCGUCUACUAGUGGUUCUCCCCUAGCUUCCCAAAACAACCAUCAGGAUUAUGACCCAUCUGAUUCAGAAAGCUACCUGUCAGAGAGCGCUCUGAGAAGGAAAGAUGUCCUUCAGCUGGAAGACAAAAGCAAACUUGUAGCAGCUUUACUUUUUGGGGUGAUAUUCUUGCUACUAGUUAUUGCAUUCAUGGGGAAGAAAAUGCAUGAAUCUCUUCAGAAGAGACAUUAUACUAGGCUGGAUUACCUGAUCAAUGGAAUGUAUGCUGAUGUAUGAUGGGGCAAGGGGAAUAGAUUUUUAGGAGCAUUUCUUAUCUUUGGGAGAAUUACUUUGAGACUGAAUAGGAAAUAUUGAAAUCUUAGAAGAGGAUGUAUUCUUUUUUGGUCACUAAUGCGAAAGCAGCAGAUGAGUUUGGUGGGGAAGAGAACUGCUAUUUCUAUGCUGAAAUAUAAUGUCUAUAAUUUGAUUUAUUACUAAAUUCUAAAAAUAAACACUCAAGUCCAAGUUAAGCAAAAAAGUUCUUAUGUUUAAGGAGAAAAAGAAUUUCAUGAGUAUACUCUGUGAUUAGAGUAACAUAAGUAAACCUAGUAAACCUAAUAAAAUUAGUAGCUGUGCAGUGCAUGA